AUGGAAGCCAUUUCAAAUACUAACUUCCCUAAACUAGUUUUGAAUGGAAACAUUGAGAUUGUUUAGUAUGUGGACUAAGAAAGCUUUAAGUAACUUGGAAAACCUAAAGCUAAAUACUCCAGAAUUUCAUAGCUUCCAAGCAAUUUAGAAAAACUAAAGUCGGGCUCUCUGGUGCAUUCUCUAUUGUUAUGAAAUUUAUUGAUAUGUAUUGUCACAAAUAGAUUAGAUAUUUUAAUAUGAAAAA